GUACUUUGUUUACGUCCCGUUGGUUAGCUGACAGCUGUUGUAGCGCUUUACUCUCACAAACAACCCUGACUGCAUGGCUUUGCUGGUUGCUUGAAGCUUCGUCAACAUUUAACCGAGUGUUCUGGAUGUCCUGGAUGUGAAGUUUUGUUGAAUGAGGGGGAACUGCUAGAUGCCGACAGGAGGAUGAACUCCAUCACCGGUCGGGUUCUUGCCAUCCCCGCCGCCUCUGUCACCAACUCUGGAGCUUCCUCCUCUCGAGCCUUGCAUGUAGAGCUCACAUCCCAGCAGAGGCGAUUGCGUCAUCUCCGGAGCAUAGCGGCCCGAAACAUUGUGAACAGGAAUGGUUCCCCACUGCUGGACACUUACUUCACCAUGCAUCUCUGUAUAGGAGAGCGCAUCUCUAGAGAUUUUUACAAGAGUGAAGUCAUACGAGACUCGCUGAAUCCUACUUGGCGCAGCCUGGACUUUGGCAUGCUGCCGGACCUUCUGGACACCUCAGUGUCUUGCUUCGUGGUGCGGAUCUGGGGAGGACAGGAGGAACAGUACCAGCUCCUCAUAGAAUGGAAGGUCAAUCUGGAUGGCCUCAGAUACACAGGACAGCAGAUUCGAUCCAGGAAUCCAAAUGAGAUCAUAUUUGGAUUGAAUGAUGGCUACUAUUCAGCUGACUUUGAUCAUAAGGAUCAGUCGGAGCGGAAGAAAAACAGCCUGCUUCAGGUCGACCUGUGUUCAGUGCGGAACUCCUACAGCGUGUUCUCUUUGCUCAGGCUUCACACAGCACAGAGAGCCAUCAAACAGACCCAAGUGACAGUGCAGAGGAUUGGGAAGGAGAUCGAGGAGAAACUGAGGACGACAGCAACAUGCACAGAGCGGAAGAAAGAGCGAGAGUGCAUGCAGCUGCGCAUUGCUGUGCUGCGGAGUGAGCUGCAGCGGCAGAGGAAGGCGCUCGGCAGGGAGAUAGACCUUCGGCAGAAAGAGAGUGCGCAACUUCAGAAGAAAGAGGAAGCAUUCUCUGCUCAACACGAAAGUCUGGAGGAGGAGAGAGAAUCUUUAACCAAGCUGCAGAAGGAAUGCACUGCCAAGAGAGAGCAGUUCCUCAAGUCCAACGCCCAGCUCACCUUCCGCUGUCGGCAGCUCCUCUCUGAGCUCUCCUACAUCUACCCCAUUGAUGUGGCCAAUCAGUCAGAUUAUGUCAUCUGCGAAGUGAAGCUGCCGAACUCUGAAGACUUUCAAGCAAAGGAUGAUGGGAGCGUGGCAGUCGCCCUGGGUUACACGUCGCACCUGGUGCUGAUGAUCUCGUGCUUCCUGCAGAUCCCUCUCCGGUACCCGGUGAUCCACAAGGGUUCACGCUCCUCCAUCAAGGACACCAUCACUGACCGGCUCACUGAGAAGGAGAGAGAAUUCCCUUUGUACCCCAGAGGAGAGCGCUUUCAUUUUGAAUACGGUGUCUACUUACUCAACAAGAACAUUGCCCAGCUGAGAUAUCAACAUGGUUUGACAACCCCCGACCUGCAGCAGACACUACCCAACCUGAAGAACUUUCUGGAGCAUGGUCUGCUGGUGCGAUGUGACAGACACCACGUCUCUAGCUCCAUCCCAGUACCAGCCAAGUCUCAGCUGGGUGUGUCUGCUGCCUCAGAGAUCGGCUUCCCCUGCCACACCAGCUCCCCCGACAGAGGCCUGAGGAAGAGGGCGAGUUCAGAGGCAGACAAGCCAACUCCUCCACCUAGCUACAACACAGCCAUGGGGGAAAAGCAGACCCUGGUUGGCCUGGCAGCGCCGUCACCCUCACCCCAACACCUGUCCUCCUCCCUUGAUGCCGGCAUGGCCUCUCUCAACCUGGCCAAGACCACAGAGCCCACCGAGGACGGAGAGGAGAAGGAAGAGAAGGAGGAGAGCAGGGAGGCAGAAGUGGAGGUUGGGAGAUGUAGAAGCACAGAUGAAGAGAUUGAAGUAAAUAAACGAGAAGAAACUGAGGUACAACCGACCAGUAGCCCUGUUGCGCCUCACUCUUUUACAGUGCAGGACACAGGUGAGGAAACCAGUCAGCACACAGGCGCAAUGAACGGUUCUGUGGUACCAGGGCAGGCACCUGAGGGUCUGGCUCCAGAGCUGCGCUGCUCUGUGGAGCAAGCUGAGGAGAUCAUGGGCACAGAGGCCACCGGUUUAGGUUUAGGGAUGGGGAUAGGGGUAGCAGACGAAGCCCGGAUGGAAGACUACCGCUCCAUCCCUGUGGACCACGCAGUCGCGGUGGAAUGUGACGAACAGGUGCUGGGGGAGCUGGGGGAGCUGGACGCUGCCGGCUUCGAGGAGUUCUCCAGGCGCAUCUAUGCACUAAACGAGAACAUGUCCAGCUUCCGCAGGCCACGCAAGAACUCUGAUAAGUGAGGCCAGCACCUGAAGAGAGAGGAAGGCAUGAAAACACAUGCAGGGACAUCAGGACAAGGGCGGGGUCCACUCCCUCAUCACAGCAUCAACAAUGAUACGAGCUAUUCUGGAAUAACGACCAAUUUGCACUUAUUGUAAUGUUUCCAUGGUAAUCUUUUAAAUGGAAUGCAGUUAAAGUGUAAGUAUUGGGACAGUUAGCUUUGCUUUUAUUUUUGAUGCCAGCAGUAUAUAUUUUUUAACAAUAGAUGGAACAAUGCAUCAUCAUACAGACAUUUUUACUCACAACAUAAUUUGGAUCAUGACAUAAAGAAUGGCUCUUAUGAAUUAGUGUUAUUGUUCACUCAACAUUGACUUUAUUUCAAUGUAAUACGCCAACAGAUUCCACAUAACUGUAUUAGGCUAGUUGGAAGCCAUAUUACUGAGUUUAAAUAAAAAAUAUUAGGUUCAUCUUAAUAUUAUUGCGUUCAACUAACCUAAUACAGUUAUGUGGAAUCUGUUGAGAUAAUACAUUUAAUUAAAGUCAACGUUUCAGUCUUUUCGGUUUAGUCAGUUGAUCCAGGGGACCUUAAUGUAGAACAACUACGAUUUGUAUCAAUCGCACUUCAAGUCCUUUAUGCAGUACCUUUUUUUAUUCUUUACUGCAACAUUCAUAGUGCGGGAAUAGUUUCAACUUGAAAUAUAAUUCAAAUGAAUCGUCCUCUCUGAGCCGACUGUCCCAGCACUGACACCUUUAACUGUACAAGCCCAUGUUAGGACGCUUCCCGAGCCUUCAUUCAGGAUGCAUGCACGGUGUGUGUGUGCAGGAGGAAGGACGCAGUGUGUAUAUGUGUGCGUCGCAGCUUCACAUUAGCAUGCAACAGCUACACAGUUACAGUGAGGUUUCAAUGAAUUCCACCAAUGACCUUUGUACAUGGCAGGGUGCUGCCACCACAAAAGGAGGUGAGAGUCAGAUAUUCUGCAUUCCCACGACAGCUCAGCCCCCCCCUCAUUCUCCUCGUGGAGUCCAGUUUCUCCUUCAGGUCUUUAGGUGAGGGUCGGGUGUCCGGUUGGAGUUCAGAGCACAUGGCAGGGAUACGGUGCAAUUGUUUUUCUGUCCAUCUCCAUGUCCUGCUUUUUUCUCUUUUUAUUUUUCUGUUUUAAUGUACCCCAUUAUUAUUACCAUCCAUGUUAAUGUCACGUCCACUGACUCAUAUUCAGUGGACCAAAGAGUUUCAUUCUGUGUGUUUGUUCUGUUGGAAUGUCUCACUCAGGCUCUAUUGUAAGUGUUAAUAGCAAAUGUCUCUUUUCCAUUGUCUGUGAUUUUGUCCUGUGUCCAUGUUCUGAAUGCUUUCUUGCACUGGUAUUCAAUUAUUGCAUUAUUUAAGUCUCAAUGAUUGUGUGUGCUUUGUUUCAAAGGAAAUCCAUAUUUAGUUUUAAUUUCCCCCACUCUCGUGGGAUGUCGCUCAUUAAUAUUGUUAGACUGAUAUUACCAGUGUCUGAGUCCAGAGGCAGGGACGGAGAUGGACACUUCAGCGCGGCUGUGUUUCAGAUCCAGUGCGGCUCUGGCUCACUGUUGAGGUAUUGUAUUUAAAACUACAGAUAAAACACGAUCAUUUCCAUAAAAUGCUAUACAGUGACCAUGUACAGAUACUUUUGUAUGGAGGUUUUUUGUUAUUAAAGACUUACAGUUCAAUGGCAUGGAUGUAUGUAGCCCUCUUGAGAGUGCUCUGCAUAUAUUUCUAUUUCUAUUGGUGUGCUCAAGUUUAACUGUAAGGGUUUUACAGCAAUAAAAUAAAAAAUGUAGCAAACAUGCUAACAGCAUGCUAUCUUGCUCACAUUGACAACUUGCA